AUGCCCCUUCUCGAUCACCGAACAGGACCCUCUUAUGGCACAAUCGACCAGAUGGAUCAACACAGCGAUGAUGAAGGAGAACGGUUUCUUCAGGAACAGUAUGAUACCGGCGGAUUCAGUAGUGACAUAACGUCAAUUUCGGAAGAUUCGGUGCAGGAAGGCGUCAGAAAAAUCGAAGCGAUCAAUUUGACUUGGACUGCGCGGUCUCUAGUCAUAGCAUAUGUCAGCAUCUUUCUCAUGUCAUUUUGCACGUCUCUAGAGGGCCAGACCGUCAUGUCACUCGGAGCAUAUGCAACGAGUGCUUUUAGCAAGCACUCCUUGAUAUCCACUGUUUUGGUCGUCCAGAACGUGGUCAACGCUGUCAUCAAACCUCCUAUGGCGAAAGUCGCGGAUGUCUUCGGUCGCUUCGAAGCAUUCUGUGUUAGUAUCCUCAUAUACGUGCUUGGAUAUAUCCAGAUGGCCGCCUCCACCAACGUGGAAACUUAUGCGUCUGCUCAAAUAUUCUAUUCCGCCGGUUCCACAGGUCUCCAAAUACUUCAACAAAUUUUCAUUGCUGACAGCAGUAAUUUGCUGAACCGUGCCUUUCUGGCGCUGCUACCUGAAUUCCCUUUCCUUGUGACUGUCUGGAUUGGGCCGACUAUCGCGGAUGCGGUGCUGAAGCACGCCUCGUGGCGCUGGGGCUACGGGAUGUGGUCGAUUAUUCUGCCCGCCUCUUUUUUGCCCUUAGCACUUUCCUUGUUGCUGAAUCAACGUAAGGCAAGGAGGCUGAACCUCAUUAAGUCGAAGUCUCGGCACCGCGGCGGCUUCUUUGCAGUAUUGCGCCGUACAUGGUAUGACUUGGACAUGGGCGGCUUGAUCCUAUUAUCCGCGGCGGUUACGUUGAUCUUGGUGCCUCUUACUCUCGCUGCAAACUCAAAGAAGGGUUGGAAGUCCAACAGCAUUGUUGCGAUGAUCGUGAUCGGCUUAAUCUGUUUGAUCGCGCUGCCAUUCUGGGAAAGCUCCAAAAGACUGGCUCCCAAGCCCCUUUUGUCCUUGCAUCUUCUUAAACAGCGGACCGCUCUUGCUGGCUGCACCCUUGCAUUUUGGUAUUUCAUGGCGUUUUAUUUCUCUGUUCAGCCUUACUUUUAUUCGUAUCUCCAGGUUGUUCAAGGUUACGACGUCGCUACCGCUGGCCGGGUUACUCAAACAUUUGCCUUCACUUCGACAAUUGCUGCCUUUGCGGUCUCUAUAUUGAUCAAAUACACCCGGCGCUAUCGGAUAUUCGUCAUUACUGGCUGCGUGGUCUAUAUCAUCGGGAUGGUGCUGAUGAUGGUAACCCGCCGUGAAGGAAGUACGCCAGCGCAAAUCUUGGUGACUCAGGUCGUCGUCGGCAUUGGUGGCGGGCUUCUCAAUGUUCCAGUACAGUUGGGAGUCCAAGCAUCUGCGAGUCACCAGGAAGUUGCCGCGGCCACGGCCAUGUUUCUGACGUCCAUGGAGAUGGGCGGCGCGGUUGGCGCUGCACUAUCGGGGGCUGUUUGGACCCAUAAUAUCCCACGCAAGCUUCGACUUUACCUUCCCGAAGAGAACAAAGGAGAUGCGGAUGCAAUUUUCGGCAAGAUAACGAAGGCGCUCUCGUACCCUCUUGGGUCACCCGUCAGGGUCGCUAUCAACCAAGCAUAUCAGGAGACGUUCAAAAAGCUGUUGAUUCUGGCUCUCAUUGCCGUAGUACCGUUGAUACCCUUAAGCUUGGCGAUGGAAGAUUACAAACUUGAUAAGAUGAGCGAAGAACCUCUGGUUGAACCAGUCCCCACUGAAGAGGAAGAAAUCGAACCGAAUAGACACGUCAAACGAACGUGA